AUGCUGUUUUCAGGAAAAGACCGGGAAAAGGCCACACCGCGUAGAGUCGGACAAUCGAAUGGCUUCCCACCGGUCACUACAUCAUGUCAAACAACCACCAACUGUGAGCCGCCUCCCACUCCCCAGCUGCCAUUAAAGCAUGUAGAUACGCCGGGAUCUGCGAGGUCCUGCAGAAGUGUGGAGAUCAGGCAAAAGCAGUCCCGGAGCCACAGCGUGGUGCAGGUCAUGGAGGACGGCUAUGAGGUGGACCUGGUCUACAUCACGGAGAGGAUCAUCUCCCUCUCGUUCCCCGCUGGCGCCGACGAACGCAGCUACGCCUCCAACCUCAAGGAGGUGGCGACCAUGCUGCGGUCCAAGCACGGCGAGCACUACCUGGUGCUCAACCUGAGCGAGUGGAGGGGCGAUUUAUCCAAGCUGAACCACAAGGUUCUGGAGUUCGGUUGGCCGGAUCACCACGCGCCAGCUCUGGACAAGAUCUGCAGCAUGUGCAAGGCUAUCGAUAUGUGGCUCAGCGGGGACCCCCAUAACGUGGUGGUGCUGCACAACAAGGGGAACCGAGGUCGAACGGGAGUGGUGGUGGCUGCCUACAUGCACUACAGCAACAUAUCUGCAAGUGCUGACCAGGCACUGGACAGGUUUGCCAUGAGGCGUUUCUAUGAAGACAAAGCCCUUCCUGUGGGUCAGCCCUCACAGAGAAGGUAUGUGCAAUAUUUUAACGGCCUCCUGUCCGGACACAUAAAGAUCAACAACAAGCCUCUGUUUCUGCAUCACGUCAUCAUGCACGGGAUCCCCAACUUUGAAUCCAAAGGAGGCUGCCGCCCCUUCCUGAAGAUCUACCAGGCAAUGCAGCCAGUCUACACGUCAGGAAUAUACAACGUGCAAGGAGACAGCAACACCAGCAUCUGUAUCACCAUCGAACCCGGACUCCUUCUGAAGGGAGACAUUUUGCUGAAGUGUUACCACAAGAGGUACAGGAACCCGACCAGAGACGUGAUCUUCAGGGUCCAGUUCCACACUUGCGCCAUCCAUGACCUCGGGGUGGUCUUUGGGAAGAGCGAGCUCGACGAGACCUUCAAAGACGAUAGGUUUCCGGAAUACGGGAAGGUGGAAUUCGUUUUCUCGUUUGCAGCAGAAAAAAUCAAAGGCCUGGGCCACCUCGAAAACGGGCCGAGCGUCUCUGUGGACUACAGUACCCAAGACCCGCUGAUUCGCUGGGAUUCCUACGAGAAUUUUAACCCACGUGGCGAGGAUGCGACCGACGGCGAGCACAAUGUUGUUCAUACUGAAGGUCCUCUUGAUGGAAGUCUUUAUGCCCGGGUCCGCAAGAAAGACUCCCUGGAGGGAGUUAUCAGCAUCAACGGUCUCCCAGUCCGUGAAAACCCUUUGACAAAUGCAGAGAGCUCGUUGCAACAGGUCAACCAUCCCCUACAGACCACCGAGCAGACCCUUCCCGUGACCGGCCACACCGCCCUGCCCGCUGUGGACCACACCCUCUCUGUGAGCAGUGAUUCUGGCAACUCCACCGCGUCCAUCAAGACCGAUCGCACUGACCAGUCUUUGCACAGCGCUGUAAGCCACAACCAUCCGACGACAGCUCACCCAACACUGAGCCCACAGGAGAAACGGGAACUGGACCAACUUCUGAGCGGCCUCGAAGCGCCAAUCCAACGGCAAGCCUACCUGUCUACAUCUACCAGCCCGGGAGGGGGGGUACGGCACUUAGUUCCUGCACAGGUGCAUGUCAACGGAGGCCACACCAGGUUGGCCGGAGCACCUUCAACCGAGGAGCGUGAGACCGAUAUCCUUGACGACGAGCUGCCCAAUAGCCAAGAAGGUAACAGUGUGGACAGUUUGGGUACACUCUCUUCCUUAGAGGGUCAAGCCACGCCAGGUGACCUCUACUUCCAAUCGCAAACGCCUGUAAGUGUGCAAAACGACGGGCCAUACCUUGAGAGGAACGUACUUGGGGAAAAACUGACCGAGAUGCCCGUCCAUGGAGUAAGAACUCCCACGGCGAUCCAAGAGAGAUCUGUGGACUCGCCAUCGCCUCAGGGGGGAUACAGUAACUAUCAAAACGGAGGAGGGAUGUACCAUCCACAGUCCUUCGGGAAUCCAUCCGCCAAUUGCCCGGAGAGCAACCCAAAACUAAUGCCCAGGGCCCCUGAGAGGAGCACCAGUAGCCGGGAAGCUGUUCAGAGAGGCCUCAGCGCCUGGCAUCAAUAUAGUCUUCCAGAUGAUCCGUUUGGCCCUCCUCUCCAGUCAACACACAGUCUGCCCCAUUUUCCAACCGCGGCCUCACAGCGAGAUAUCGAGCAAUCCAUCGAGGCCCUUAACAUGCUCAUACUUGAUCUGGACCCGAUCAACUCCCACAUGUCCAAAUCUCACAGUGCUCCACCCGGCGAGAACAGCCUCAAUUCAUCCCAGGCACCCUUCUCCCAGACCCUGGCCAGGCCGUCGUACCAAGGGGAUUCAGCCAUCCACGGCUACAACAACUCUGGCUCUGUCAACAACGCCUAUCACCAGCCCUUACGAUCAGCCGGGAGGGUGCUAAACCAGAGUCCAGUUGUGGAGUCUCCCACAUACUCUCCCCAAAAGCCGAACUCUGGCUACCAAUAUCAAAACACCACCCCAACACACACCCCGGAGCCCAACCUUCACACGCGUCAGGCACCCCACCACUACAACACCGAUCCCUCCUUCAACCAGCAGACCCAGCAAAAGAUCAUGAACUCGUACGCGGGCAGUGGAGUCUCACACUCCCCGGACCUGCAGGGUUCCUCACCGUACCCGGCCUACAGCACCUCCUCUUCUCCCCUCCCUGCCUUCACCCCUCUCCCCAAGGAGACGUCUUCUUCACCACUGCCCAGAGAACAAGGUGCAGAGGAGGAGACGUUAAACCUGGAAGGUCUCGUUGCCCACCGUAUUGCUGAGUACAACGCUCGUAUUCGGGGCAUCAGUGAAAGCAUUACACCACAACAAUCUGACCGCCAUCGCUCCUAUUCCUUCUCUGGAGUUCGCUCGAGAGGGAUGACACCAGAGGUGACGCAGGAGACGGGCCGGCGCCGGACCACCAGCGAGGGCCAGUACCAGAGCAGCCACGAAAGCACAUCCGCUGCACAUUCGCCGGACUUUGCCAACAAUCUGGCCCUCAACCCUGGAGGAAGACCCAAAGAGGGUCCCAUGCACAGCUACCGGGAGGCAUUUGAGGACAAUGAUGCUGGCCAGUUUGCCAACAGCCCCACCUUUGGAGGCGGUGGUGAGAAUUCCCCCUUGACCCCCAGCUUCCCCGUGUCACCACAGAGUCCUUACUUCAACAUGCCCCGAGCUACUCCGGGUUUGGCGAAGACUCCUCUGUCGGCGCUGGGGUUGAAGCCUCAUCAACAAGGCGGAUCAGAUAACCGGAGUUCAGGCGAGCCCAGGGCACAUGCGUUCAGCGUUCCCCAAACCUCCAGCAGCCCCGUCCACGCUGUUGACGGAAGAAGGAUGGGCUCCUCAGAAGGCCCCCCUCACAGACCCGCCUCCCCCGAGGGCUCCCAGGUCAACAUCAUGGGCGUCCACACCGUGCCCGGCAGCCCCAACACCCUCCACCGCACGGUGGCCACCAACACGCCGCCCAGCCCUGCCCUCCAGCGACGCCUGGGCAGCCAGGGCAGCCCGUCCCCAGGCCGCCACCCGCCCCCCGCCGCCGGCGCGCCCCCCAGCCCCCUGGCGGGCCGCAGCCCCAAAGCGGCGGUCGGCGGAGGCGGGGUCCCGCCCAGCCCGCUGACCGGGCGGCGCGCGGCGGGUGGCGCCCGCGGCGGCACACCGGAUGUGAUGGGCGCCGCCUCCCGCCAGGGCAGCGCCCAGCCGCCGCCCACGCCCACCUUCCCCAUCUCCCCGCAGCCGCCCGAGAAGAGGCACAUGUCCAGCGGGGACGCCGAGAGGGCGGGCGGCGGCGCCGACCCGACGCCUGCGCUGCCCGCCGGCGGGGGCAGCACGCCCAACCUGUCCGGCGCGCACCCCCUCCCCGACGUCCCCAAGUCCAUAUACGACGGUUAUCCUGACAUCAAGAUGAAUGUUAAGUUUGUUCAGGACACCUCAAGGUUCUGGUACAAGCCGGACAUCUCCAGAGAGCAAGCCAUCAAUCUGUUAAAGGACAGAGAACCCGGAGCUUUUAUCAUCAGAGACAGCCAUUCUUUCCGCGGAGCCUACGGGCUUGCAAUGAAAGUCGCCUGCCCCCCGCCGACUGUCCAGCAGAACAAAAAAGUUGCCGACAUGACAAACGAGCUCGUGCGGCACUUCCUGAUUGAGACGAGCCCAAAAGGCGUCCGUCUGAAGGGCUGCCCAAACGAGCCCUACUUUGGAUGCCUCUCCGCGCUGGUCUACCAACACUCCAUGACCCCUCUGGCCCUGCCCUGCAAGCUCAUGAUCCCCACCAAAGACCCAAAUGAAGAGGCGCUAGAACUCGCCACACCGACGGACCCGGUUGUUGAACUCCUUAAACAGGGAGCAGUUCAGAAGGCCCCAGAGGAAGCCCACGCGUGCAACGUGCUCUACAUCAACUCGGUGGACAUGGAAUCCCUCACGGGGCCUCAGGCCGUCGCCAAGGCGAUCAGCCAGACGCUGGCGGCCGACCCCCUCCCCGCCGCCACCACCGUCCACUUCAAAGCGUCCACGCAGGGCAUCACGCUCACCGACAGCCAGAGGAAGAUUUUCUUCAGGCGACAUUACCCCAUCAACACGGUAACCUACUGUGACCUGGACCCCCAGGACAGAAAUCUCUUCGGAUUCGUCGCACGGAAACAAGGAAGCACAACUGACAACGUCAGCCACCUGUUCGCCGAGCUGGACCAGGACCAGCCCGCCUCCGCCAUCGUCAGCUUCGUCUCCAAAAUGAUGAGGCGGUGAACCCCCUCGAACCGCGAUUGGCGGCGGCCGAUUUUUUUCGCAAGCGUGUCCAUGUCCACGUCUUUAAUUUUUUUUCGUCCGGGGACUCGACGACGUUCUUUUCCCCCUCUCUCCUGUUUCCUCUCGGUUUGGUUUAGUUUGUGACACCCCUCUCUCCUCCCUCUGUCUCGCCGUUUUUUUAUUUUUUAUUUUACGGACUCGUCUUUACUCGAAGGCUUUGGCGUGGAUCCAUAUUGGAGCUAGAGGACGUGUGGUGUGGAGCCGUGCACGUGGCAUUUUAGGAGGCCGUCGUAGGGGCGAGCUCUGCUCCCAGAAAAAUGGCGGACGGCCUAAAGGAACGACGCUAAGUUCAGUCGGGGGGGGAAACGCGAAAGGACUCGUAGGUGUCAGGGGCUCUCUGUUGGUUACGUUGACUGACUUACCAAAGGUAGUUGCAAUACGAGUGCAAAGAAGGAUGUAGCUAUUAAGCCAUUAUCAUUUCCUCUUUUCAGAAGAUGAAUUGUUAAACA